AGUAGUAAACACUGAGCGCACAUCUGGCUCCUCCAUGUGGAGAUGGUCCAUAAUUGCAACCUGGUCCGUCGCAGAAAUAUUACGCGGUGUGAUACAUCAUCAACAGUAGACGUUCUACGACAAGAAAGCAACAGCAGUAAUGCUUUUCUACUCGUUUUUCAAAUCGCUGGUGGGGAAGGAUGUGGUGGUGGAGCUCAAAAACGACUUGAGCAUCUGUGGAACACUUCAUUCUGUGGAUCAGUACCUGAACAUUAAGCUGACAGACAUCAGUGUCACUGAUCCAGAGAAAUAUCCACACAUGCUGUCUGUGAAAAACUGUUUCAUCCGUGGAUCUGUGGUCCGGUAUGUUCAGCUACCUGCAGAUGAAGUGGACACUCAGCUCCUGCAAGACGCUGCACGAAAAGAAGCGAUGCAGCAGAAGCAGUGAUGGGCCUGCAGGGUGGGGUUUCGUUUUGGGUGGGUGGAGGGUUGUUGUGACGGUGAAUAAUGAGCAGUUUGAGUUCUGAGUUAAGUUCAUUUAAAGAUGCUACAGUUUCUACAGCUCAUGUAAUUAAGCAGUACUGGUCGUUUUUCUGUGCUUUCACAGAGAGCGUAAUUGCAUUCCUGACAUUGGUGAUCGAUAAUUUCCAAAGCAGUAAUUAUUGGAAAAGGUCCUCACCUCUCAGGCUGUGUAGUAGGCUUCAUUUGAUACCGACAUUUGUUUAAAAGAAAUAGAACUAAAUACAAUUUAGAGCCCAGUAGAGGUAAAAAUUUGUUGUAGUGUUUCUGUUGUAUAAAGCAAGCACUGUUGCUUAUCUUUAAAAAUGAUGACAUUUGGAUUUUUUUAUGCCACUUCAAAAUAAAAAAUAUUUAUAUUUUGA